CCCUCGCGGUGGGCAGACGUGUGUGAUAUUUGUGACAAAGUUAGUGGAGGGAAAUUCGGAAAAUGCCGUGUAGUGAAGAUGAUGACUCCCAAACCGGCUUUAGUGCUGAUACCAAAGGAUUAUCUAAAGCGGAGUUGAGGAAGACCAAUAAACCGAUUAUGGAGAAAAAACGUCGCGCGCGCAUCAAUCAGUGUCUCAACGAAUUGAAGGACCUCCUCAUGGAUUCCUCUAACGCAGACCCGACACGUCACUCCAAGCUGGAGAAAGCCGAUAUCUUGGAGCUUACUGUCAAGCACCUGCAGACAUUGCAGCGACAGCAGCUGGCAGCCGCCAUCGCAGCGGACCCGGCCGUACUGCAUCGCUUCAAGGCUGGCUUUGGGGACUGCGCGGUUGAGGUCCGAAGAUACCUCUCCCGUCUCGCUAGCGUCCCCACAGGCCUCCGCCAUCGACUAGGCAACCACCUCAACACCUGCAUCUCGGGCAUCGAACGCUUAAACCCACCAGACUAUCCCCUAGUACCAGACCCUUUAAGACUAGAAGACGAAAGACCGAGCGCGUUCCACUUCGUCAGAUCCACCAAACCCACGAGUCCCCCACUAAGCCCUUUAUCCUGCGAUUCCGCGUGCGACUCUUCGACAGAACUUGAAACUCCACCUAGGCCAGUCCAAACGUUCCCUUUCCCCACUCCUCCUAGUAGAUCAGCAUCGGAUCAAGACUCCAGUCCUGAAACUCAAAAAGCGACAGUGUCGUCCACGACCAUAUCGCCGGAGGCGUUGAAACAAGAUGUUUUGAGGAACAAAAAAUAUAUGGAACCUCUUUCGAUAAUAAUAGACGUGGAAAACUAUAAGAUAGGGAUUGACGCUUCGCCGAAAAGGGCAGUGGACUACUCGAUGAGGAGCAAACUAAAGAGACCAGUCGUUGACUCGAUGGGACCUGUGACGAAAGUGAUAAGACUGGAGCCGGAAGCAAUCGUGAACGUAUCGGAAAAGUCAAUUGACAGUAUCGUGCCUUGUGUAAAGAAGUCCCCGGAGAGGUCAGCCUUCAGAAGAGUUCCCGAGAAACCGGUGACGUACCAAGAGAGGAAAUUGACUAUUCCUGAGAGUAUAGUUACGCCAAUUGAGAGGCCCCUGUUAGAAAAUAGAAUCGUUGUUAACGCUGAAGUUCCUUUGGCGAUACCGCGAACUGUGAUAAGCCACACUGCCAAAUCUUUAGCCCGAUCUUCCACCAGACUUCCCCAAAGCGUGGCGGUCCAGGAUAACACAGAACCCGACACGAGUCCGAGGAAUUCGCGGUCACCGGAACAGGGCACGAGUAAUACUGAGAUGUGGAGACCUUGGUGAUGAUUGUAAAUAAUGUUGACAAAAUCUCUAUUUUGUUGUUGUAAACGAAGCUUUAAACUUUACCUGUGUGGUAUUCGAUUAUAUUAAAAGAUGUAUAGAAAUAUAUAUGUGCCU